CGACACCGACGACACCGGGAAACAUGGGUUGUGAAUUAACGAAGCUGGCUAGCGGAAGCAAUGGGGGCAACUCGAAGAGCAACAACGUGCCGAGCCUGGACGCGUGCGGACCGCCACCGGUGGACAGCCGGUUGCCGCUGACGGCCAAACAGAAAUACACGAUGGUCGCCUCGUGGAAGGGCAUCAGCCGGGCGAUGGAGACGACCGGCAUCACCAUGUUUAUCAAACUGUUCGAGGAGCACGCGGACCUGUUGAACAUGUUCGCCAAGUUCAAGGAGCUCAAGACCAAGGAGGAACAGGCCACCUCGGAGGAGCUGCAGGAGCACGCCAACAAGGUGAUGAACACGCUGGACGAGGGCAUCCGCGGGCUGGACGAUCUGGACACGUUCUUCGAGUUCAUCCACCAGGUCGGGGCCUCGCACCGGCGCAUACCCGGCUUCAAGCAGGAGUACUUUUGGCGCAUCGAGGAACCGUUCCUGGCGGCCGUCUCGACCACGCUCGGUGAUCGGUACACGCAGAACGUGGAAGGAAUUUACAAGCUCACCAUCAAGUUCAUCAUCGAGACGCUGGUGGCGGGCUACGAAGCAAGUGCCAACAAUAACGUCGACGGGGCGACGGCGACGGCGGCGGGAGGUAGUACGGCGAAGGACGGUGCCCCCAGCCGGGCAUCCUGAGCGCCGUAAGAGGUAAUAGCAAUCGAUCGAUCGAAACCACUCCAGCAGCGCUCCACGGGGCCACUGGGGAACCCCGGGCCCCCCAGCCUGUAGGCCAACGGCAUCAGUGGCAACAGUGUGGUUGUCGGGCCGCCGCCACCAGCCAUCAGCCA